CCCCCGAGGAAAAAUUUUCACUCACAUCUCGUAUAUCCGACUUGGGUAUUCGAUCAAACUUAGCGCGAAAAUCUGCGCUAAUUAUCGGAGAAAUUUCAGGCCGAGUACAUCAGCAAAUAUCCUCGUGGUGCUGCUAUAGAGAAACCCCGAGAAUACCAACAAAUGGAAGGAUUGGAAUAAUCGAUCCAUUGAAAAAGAAAUACAAAACCAGAACGCGAAUCAAUUCCGGAAAGAUGCGGGUCCUUUGGAUUAUCGUCAAUCGAUAAAUCGACAUCUAUAGACCGUGAUUCGUGACGUCCUUGUAUCUCUUCCAAGACCGCCAAGAAAUUCGAUUUGGUUCGUACCUAAAGACCGCGGAGACCAUAUUUCAAAAUGGCCCAACGAUUUCGUCACACCGAGAUGAUGGAACUGGAAUCGCCGACCGAGUCCGAGUCCAGGUUAACGGCGGAAGAGGCUCCGCCGUCGUCCAAUUCCGGCGGAAUGAAGAGACUCGGCAGCAUUCCCCACCUGGGGAUCAUCAUGGCCAUUGCGUCGAGCUUCUUCUUCUCGCUGAGCUCGCUGAUCGUGAAACUGGUUCCGGAUGUUCAUCCGGUGGCAUUGGCCACUUAUCGCUUCGCCGGAAUUCUCCUGCCGAGCAUCCCCAUCGUUAUCCGGCGAUCGGAGGACCCUUUCCCUAAAGGCAAACGGGGGCUCCUGCUCCUGCGGGCCUUUCUCGGCACGACCAGUUUGAUGAGCCAAUUCUACGCUCUGCGGCACAUGCCGCUGGCCGACGCUUCCGUCAUCAUUUUCAGUGUCCCCGUGUUCGUGGCCAUCUUCGCCCGCAUCUUCCUCAAGGAGGAAUGCGGGCUAUUCCAUGUGGCCAAUAUCUUUCUGACGCUGUGCGGAUGCAUUUUGAUUGCUCGUCCACCAUUCCUUUUCGGUCGGAUGGACGCUCUGCCAUUACCAGAAGACGGCAGCGUUUACGACAACGCUUUCUGGGGCGCAGUGGCCGCCCUUUGUGGUACUCUCUUCGCUGCCAAUGUCUACGUCGUCAUUCGUUCACUCAAAGGACUCCAUUUCUCGGUGAUUAUGUCGUCGUUUGGAGCUUUUGCCAUCCUCCAGACUUUUAUGACCACUUGGGCGAUGAAUGAACUUUGCCUGCCGGCCUGUGGCCACGACCGCUGGCUAAUGGUUCUAUUAGCCAUUUUCAGUUUCGCCGGCCAGAUCCUCCUGACCACGGCCCUCCAACACGAACAAGCCGGGCCUGUGGCUAUCGCUCGCUCUGCAGAUGUCGUCUUCGCGUUCAUCUGGCAGGUGAUAUUUCUGAACGAAAUUCCCGGAUGGAUUAGUUUGAUUGGCGCCCUACUCGUCACCACGUCCGUCCUUUUGACGGGCGUACGCAAAUGGGUCGAAGGGCUGGACAAUCACGAUCCACUCCGCCAACGUCUCUGGUUUCUCCAACGAUGAAAAAUCUCUUUCCCAUCGUAUAUAAUACUCGUUUAAUGUCGUCUUUAAGUGGCCAAUUCUAUUCACUCUGUCUGGGCCCGGUGAUGGCGAGACAUUGAAAACAUCCGGAACGAACAAAUAAGUCAAGAAACAACCACCGAACAAAUACCAAAGUAUAUAAACCCAGUCGUCUUACAUAAUACUAUUCUUGUAGACACACACCCAUCAAUGUCUCUUAUUCAUUUCACUUUCAAAUAUUCACCAAAAAUUAGUAAAAGAAAUACUCACUUUUUUCAAAAUGCCAAUAUACUCUUUGUCUGUCUUUGAUAGUCAUAAAACCCCCCCAAAACCAAUUUGAUACAACUACAUUUUUGUAGAUAUACAAAAUAAUAAACCUUCAAUUUUGGCCUUGUAAAAUGAAUUUUUUUUUCUAAAUACACACAACUUUUUAAGUGUC